GGAUUGUGGGUUCAUUGCGGUUGCUGAAAAAGCCGUCGGAGUGAGACCUCUCGCCUCGUUGCGCUCUCUGACGGCAGCUUCAGCUCGGCUAGCAGCUCGAGCUAAUCCUGCUAACUGCUAACGGCUAGCUUGUGGCGCUAUGAUGGCGGAGCUGGUGCAGGGACAGGCCUCGAUGAACCAGCCGGGGCUGAAGUCAGACGGCCUGGCCGAUGUUUUACAGAGGGCCCGGCAGAUGGUGGGUAAAAUGGGCGGAGAAGCCAUGUCCCACCUCAACAGCUCCUCAGGAAGUGUUGAGCCCUCGCUGUACUACCCUGGACAGAAACGACCAGGAGAGGACGGAGUAGGUAACCAGCUCGCUGCCAUGGGGCACCAAAGCAGGGUAAUCACAGAGGAUUACAAGGUCCCUGACAGGAUGGUGGGCUUCAUUAUUGGUCGAGGAGGAGAACAAAUCACCAGGAUCCAGUUGGAGUCCGGCUGCAAGAUCCAGAUUGCUGCUGACAGUGGGGGUCUGAUGGAGCGGCCGUGUUCUCUGACCGGUACUCCGGAGAGCAUCGAGCGAGCAGGAGUAAAGAUGAUGAUGAUCCAGGACGGUCCGAUGCCGACAGGAGCCGACAAACCUCUUCGUAUCUCUGGAGACCCGUACAAAGUGCAGGCGGCGAGGGAGUUGGUGUUGGAGGUGAUCAGGGAGAAGGAUGGAGAUUUCAGGUCAGGACGCAACGACUUCAGCGCUCGACUGGGAGGAACCAACCUGGAUGUUCCAGUUCCCAGGUUUGCUGUUGGAAUUGUGAUCGGCAGAAAUGGAGAAAUGAUCAAGAAAAUCCAGAAUGAUGCAGGAGUCCGAAUCCAGUUUAAAGCAGAUGAUGGCAUCAGUCCGGAGCGUGUUGCCAUGGUGAUGGGACAACCAGACCGCUGUCAGCACGCUGUCCACCUCAUCAAUGAGCUCAUCCAGACCGCACAGGAGCGCGAUGGCUUUGGCUCAGCCCUGCGGGGCGGGAGGGUCAGAGGUCGCAGUGACUGGACUAUGGGCUCUCCAGGUCCGCUACAGGAAGUGACCUACACCAUCCCUGCGGACAAGUGUGGCUUGGUUAUCGGCAAAGGUAGGAGGACAAAUGUGUUUCUCAGCCUCCAC